GCCCGUCCCAGCCCCGUGCCCCGCCCCCGGCGGGGGGGCACCAGCGCGGCCCUGCCCCGGCGCGGCGGCGGAGGCCGGAGCAGCAACGGGGAGCGGCCGCGGCGCAGAGUUUGGAGAGUUCAGAUAAGCCACAGGGACUGGCUGAACCCAGUCAGGAGUUGAGAGCAAUGUCACAGCAGUUCCUCUACCGUGCUUUGGUGUCAGCGAAAUGGGUGUCAGAAGCCAUCAAGUCCCCACAGCCUGGGCUGGCUGUGAGGCUCUUAGAUGCAUCCUGGUACCUCCCGAAAAUGAAGCGUGAUCCCCGGCGGGAAUUUGAGGAGCGCCAUAUCCCCGGGGCAGCCUUCUUUGACAUUGACCAGUGCAGUGACCGUACCUCACCAUAUGACCAUAUGUUGCCUAGUACAGAUGACUUUGCAGAGUAUGUGGGCAAGCUGGGUGUGGGAAAUGACUCUCACGUGGUUGUGUAUGAUGGCAGCGAUCAGGGGCUCUUCUCUGCUCCCCGGGUCUGGUGGAUGUUCCGGGCCUUUGGGCACGAUGCUGUUUCCCUUCUGGAUGGUGGCCUGAAGAACUGGCAGCGAGAGGGGUAUCUGCUGAGCUCUGGCAAGAGUCGGACAGCUCCUGCUGAGUUCCACGCCUCCCUAGACAAAUCGCUGGUGAAGAGCCAUGAGGACAUAAAGAAGAACGUGGAAUCUCGUCAUUUCCAGCUGGUGGAUGCUCGCUCUGCUGGGCGAUUCAGGGGGAUAGAGGUGGAACCUAGAAAUGGAAUUGAGCCUGGUCACAUCCCAGGUUCCCUGAACAUUCCCUUUGUGGAUUUCCUCACAGAGACUGGCUUCGAAAAGACCCCUGAGGAGAUCCACAAUUUGUUCCAGGAGAAGAAGGUGGAGCUCUCAAAGCCACUGGUAGCCACAUGUGGCUCUGGAGUCACUGCCUGCCAUGUGGCCCUGGGAGCAUACCUCUGUGGCAAACCAGAUGUGGCCAUCUAUGAUGGUGCCUGGGUGGAGUGGUACAUGCGUGCAGAGCCUGAAGACGUCAUAUCAGAGGGGAAGGGGAAGAUUGUGUAAAGUGCCCAUUCCUGUCCCUCCCAUGCAAACACAUUGCCUUAGAACAGGAUUUGUAAGAGAUGUUCUUAACCUUUCCAAUGUUUUAAAUCAUAUUGCCAUCAAGUAAAAGUCUUGAGUAACAAAUCUAAAUACACUGGGUUUUAGCUCCUUUCCCCCUUGGCUCACUUCUCUGGACAUGUAAGAUGCCCUUUUACAGCAUCCUAUUGGAAGGGUGGGGGAAGGUAUUGGUCAUGGGAUGCUUGACUAAUGGAUUUAGGCUUGCCUCAUGAUCUAUCUGGAUUGGCACUUGGUGAGAGGGAGGAUCAACUUGAAUUUCUUUCACGGGGAUGGUGACUGUGCUGUGUUCUCAUUUAAUUUUGUAUCUAUCAUUGUUCAGGAACCUGAAAUCCUAUCUCUCUUGGUUUUUAAAAAAUACUUGUCAGAUAAGGUCUGAAUGAAUGAUGAUAAUAAAAAAUACACCUUAAUAAA